AUGGAAAUCACCACAGCAAUCCAACCCAACCCAAUCAUGGCAACCACAACACUCGCUACCUCUAUUGUCGCAACCUCCGCUUCACCCGCAGAAAGCGCCACUUCCACCAAUCCCAACGAGUAUGUCUACUUCGGCGUUCACGGCAAAGCCAUCAUGAUCGGCCUCGCAGCCACAGUUGCGCUUCUCUUCUUCAUCCUCGUCUGCAUGGCGUGCUGCUGGCCUAAAGAGAAGAAGCGCAACGACCAAGGAGACUAUGUGACGACGACUUAUUGGAACGGCGCUGGGAAGAAGGGGAGAUGCUGUUAG